CCAUAUAAAUGCGGAAGUAGUUAUAAUUAACAAAAAAGAACAAAAUACAAAAUGUCAGCGCCAAGAAGAUCUGCCCCUCCUCCACCAAGCCGGCCUGGUCAUGUUCAGGUCGUUCGCGCUCUUUAUCGCUACGAAGCACAGCAGAAAGAUGAAUUGAGUUUUGAGGAAGAAGAUGUUCUGUACAUAAUAGACAAGACGCAAGGAGAAUGGUGGAAAGCUAGAGUUCGAAACAAAGUGGGCUUGAUACCAUCAAACUAUGUCGAAGCUCACACAGAAGCCGUCGAAAAUCCACUUCACGAAGCAGCGAAGAGAGGAAACAUCAACUUCCUGAAUGAAUGUCUUGGAAACAAAGUAUCUGUAAAUGGACUUGACAAGGCUGGAUGUACAGCUUUGCAUUGGGCUUCUCAAUGUGGUCAUGCAGAAUGUGUUGAUAUAUUGCUGAAGCAAAACAGAAUUGAAAUUAAUAGUCAGAACAAGCUUGGAGACACACCGUUGCAUUCCGCUUCAUGGAAAGGGCAUUCAGAUAUUGUUAAAAUGCUCUUAGACAAAGGAGCCAACACAAUGAUCAAGAAUAAUGAUAAAAAUACUCCAUAUGAUUUGGCCAGAAAUCCGGAAUGUGCAGUUUUGCUUCGAGGUGCCUUAGCUGUUGAUACAAAUGAUGACUAUGGUGAUGACGACAAUGAUUCAGAUUAACAAAGAACUAUUUAUCAAACAGAACAUUUUUUUAAAAAAAUUAGCUUAACAAUUUUGGCAUACAUUAUUGCAACAUUGAAGUUCUUUUCUCAUCUCAAUCCAUCCAUGUACACCAUGUACUCAGUUCACCAUAAGUAUCCAUGUGCAACAAAUACUGACUAGUAGAGAGAACUUAGAGUAGUUGUUUCAUGGUUUCCAUCAAAUCUUGCAUUUCAAGAAUUGUAUUAUCAAUGAAUUAAUGUUUUGUUUUGUACUAUAUCAAACAUGUUGUCUUUAAUAAAUGUAAUUGACACUUAAAAA